AUGGUGGGCGCGCUGUCCUGCAUGAGGAGGAACACCAGCGACUGCAGCGCGCCCUCACUCAUCAUGUCCACGCAGUCCGUCAGAGUGACACACAGCCCGGCGUCCACAGACACACCCCCGUCAGCCCGGCGUCCACAGACACACAGCCCGGCGUCCACAGACACACCCCCGUCAGCCCGGCGUCCACAGACACACAGCCCGGCGUCCACAGACACACCCCCGUCAGCCCGGCGUCCACAGACACACCCCCGUCAGCCCGGCGUCCACAGACACACCCCCGUCAGCCCGGCAUCCACAGACACACCCCCGUCAGCCCGGCGUCCACAGACACACCCCCGUCAGCCCGGCAUCCACAGACACACCCCCGUCAGCCCGGCGUCCACAGACACACCCCCGUCAGCCCGGCGUCCACAGACACAGACACACCCCCGUCAGCCCGGCGUCCACAGACACAGACACACCCCCGUCAGCCCGGCGUCCACAGACACACAGCCCGGCGUCCACAGACACAGACACAGACACACCCCCGUCAGCCCGGCGUCCACAGACACACAGCCCGGCGUCCACAGACACACAGCCCGGCGUCCACAGACACACCCCCGUCAGCCCGGCGUCCACAGACACACAGCCCGGCGUCCACAGACACACCCCCGUCAGCCCGGCGUCCACAGACACACCCCCGUCAGCCCGGCGUCCACAGACACACAGCCCGGCGUCCACAGACACACCCCCGUCAGCCCGGCGUCCACAGACACACCCCCGUCAGCCCGGCGUCCACAGACACACCCCCGUCAGCCCGGCGUCCACAGACACACCCCCGUCAGCCCGGCGUCCACAGACACACCCCCGUCAGCCCGGCGUCCACAGACACACCCCCGUCAGCCCGGCGUCCACAGACACACCCCCGUCAGCCCGGCGUCCACAGACACACCCCCGUCAGCCCGGCGUCCACAGACACAGACACAGACACACCCCCGUCAGCCCGGCGUCCACAGACACACAGCCCGGCGUCCACAGACACACCCCCGUCAGCCCGGCGUCCACAGACACACCCCCGUCAGCCCGGCGUCCACAGACACACCCCCGUCAGCCCGGCGUCCACAGACACAGACACACCCCCGUCAGCCCGGCGUCCACAGACACAGACACACCCCCGUCAGCCCGGCGUCCACAGACACACAGCCCGGCGUCCACAGACACACAGCCCGGCGUCCACAGACACACCCCCGUCAGCCCGGCGUCCACAGACACACCCCCGUCAGCCCGGCGUCCACAGACACACCCCCGUCAGCCCGGCGUCCACAGACACACAGCCCGGCGUCCACAGACACACCCCCGUCAGCCCGGCGUCCACAGACACACCCCCGUCAGCCCGGCGUCCACAGACACACCCCCGUCAGCCCGGCGUCCACAGACACACCCCCGUCAGCCCGGCGUCCACAGACACACCCCCGUCAGCCCGGCGUCCACAGACACACCCCCGUCAGCCCGGCGUCCACAGACACACAGCCCGGCGUCCACAGACACACCCCCGUGAGCCCGGCGUCCACAGACACACAGCCCCGUGAGCCCGGCGUCCACAGACACACCCCCGUCAGCCCGGCGUCCACAGACACACAGCCCCACACACAGCCCGUGAGCCCGGCGUCCACAGACACACAGCCCGGCGUCCACAGACACACAGCCCGGCGUCCACAGACACACCCCCGUCAGCCCGGCGUCCACAGACACAGACACAGACACACCCCCGUCAGCCCGGCGUCCACAGACACAGACACAGACACACCCCCGUCAGCCCGGCGUCCACAGACACACAGCCCGGCGUCCACAGACACAGACACAGACACACCCCCGUCAGCCCGGCGUCCACAGACACAGACACAGACACACCCCCGUCAGCCCGGCGCCCACAGACACACAGCCCGGCGUCCACAGACACAGACACAGACACACCCCCGUCAGCCCGGCGUCCACAGGCACAGACACACAGCCCGUGAGCCCGGCGUCCACAGACACACAGCCCGGCGUCCACAGACACACAGCCCGGCGUCCACAGACACACAGCCCGGCGUCCACAGACACACAGCCCGGCGUCCACAGACACACAGCCCGGCGUCCACAGACACACAGCCCGGCGUCCACAGACACACAGCCCGGCGUCCACAGACACACAGCCCGGCGUCCACAGACACACAGCCCGGCGUCCACAGACACACAGCCCGGCGUCCACAGACACACAGCCCGGCGUCCACAGACACACAGCCCGGCGUCCACAGACACACAGCCCGGCGUCCACAGACACACAGCCCGGCGUCCACAGACACACAGCCCGGCGUCCACAGACACACAGCCCGGCGUCCACAGACACACAGCCCGGCGUCCACAGACACACAGCCCGGCGUCCACAGACACACAGCCCGGCGUCCACAGACACACAGCCCGGCGUCCACAGACACACAGCCCGGCGUCCACAGACACACAGCCCGGCGUCCACAGACACACAGCCCGGCGUCCACAGACACAGACACAGACAGACCCGUGAGAGAGAGAGCGCUAAAGAGACGAUCUGAGGCAGGGAGCGAGCGCUUACCUCGGCUGGGCUCCUCUGCGCGGGACGUCCCAUCUGCAGCAGGGAAAGGGCACAUGCAUUACAAGCCACAGACGCCACAGACGCCAGAGACCACAGACGCCACAGACGCCAGAGACCACAGACGCCACAGACGCCAGAGACCACAGACGCCACAGACGCCAGAGACCACAGACGCCACAGACGCCAGAGACCACAGACGCCACAGACGCCAGAGACCACAGACGCCACAGACACCAGAGACCACAGACGCCACAGACGCCAGAGACCACAGACGCCACAGACACCAGAGACCACAGACGCCACAGACGCCAGAGACCACAGACGCCACAGACACCAGAGACCACAGACGCCACAGACACCAGAGACCACAGACGCCACAGACGCCAGAGACCACAGACGCCACAGACGCCAGAGACCACAGACGCCACAGACACCAGAGACCACAGACGCCACAGACGCCAGAGACCACAGACGCCACAGACACCAGAGACCACAGACGCCACAGACGCCAGAGACCACAGACGCCACAGACACCAGAGACCACAGACGCCACAGACGCCAGAGACCACAGACGCCACAGACGCCAGAGACCACAGACGCCACAGACGCCAGAGACCACAGACGCCACAGACGCCAGAGACCACAGACGCCACAGACGCCAGAGACCACAGACGCCACAGACGCCAGAGACCACAGACGCCACAGACGCCAGAGACCACAGACGCCACAGACACCAGAGACCACAGACGCCACAGACGCCAGAGACCACAGACGCCACAGACACCAGAGACCACAGACGCCACAGACACCAGAGACCACAGACGCCACAGACGCCAGAGACCACAGACGCCACAGACGCCAGAGACCACAGACGCCACAGACGCCAGAGACCACAGACGCCACAGACACCAGAGACCACAGACGCCACAGACACCAGAGACCACAGACGCCACAGACACCAGAGACCACAGACGCCACAGACGCCAGAGACCACAGACGCCACAGACGCCAGAGACCACAGACGCCACAGACGCCAGAGACCACAGACGCCACAGACGCCAGAGACCCAGACGCCACAGACGCAGAGACCACAGACGCCACAGACGCCAGAGACCACAGACGCCACAGACGCCAGAGACCACAGACGCCACAGACACCAGAGACCACAGACGCCACAGACACCAGAGACCACAGACGCCACAGACGCCAGAGACCACAGACGCCACAGACGCCAGAGACCACAGACGCCACAGACGCCAGAGACCACAGACGCCACAGACGCCAGAGACCACAGACGCCACAGACGCCAGAGACCACAGACGCCACAGACGCCAGAGACCACAGACGCCACAGACGCCAGAGACCACAGACGCCACAGACGCCAGAGACCACAGACGCACAGACGCCAGAGACCACAGACGCCAGAGACCACAGACGCCACAGACGCCAGAGACCACAGACGCCACAGACGCCAGAGACCACAGACGCCACAGACGCCAGAGACCACAGACGCCACAGACGCCAGAGACCACAGACGCCACAGACGCCAGAGACCACAGACGCCACAGACGCCAGAGACCACAGACGCCACAGACGCCAGAGACCACAGACGCCACAGACGCCAGAGACCACAGACGCCACAGACGCCAGAGACCACAGACGCCACAGACGCCAGAGACCACAGACGCCACAGACGCCAGAGACCACAGACGCCACAGACGCCAGAGACCACAGACGCCACAGACGCCAGAGACCACAGACGCCACAGACGCCAGAGACCACAGACGCCACAGACGCCAGAGACCACAGACGCCACAGACGCCAGAGACCACAGACGCCACAGACGCCAGAGACCACAGACGCCACAGACGCCAGAGACCACAGACGCCACAGACCAAGACCACAGACGCCCAGAGACCACAGACGCCACAGACACCAGAGACCACAGACGCCACAGACGCCAGAGACCACAGACGCCACAGACGCCCACAGACGCCACAGACCCAGAGACCACAGACGCCACAGACGCCAGAGACCACAGACGCCACAGACGCCAGAGACCACAGACGCCACAGACCCAGAGACCACAGACGCCACAGACACCAGAGACCACAGACGCCACAGACCAGAGACCACAGACGCCACAGACGCCAGAGACCACAGAGCCACAGACGCCAGAGCCACAGACACCAGAGACCACAGACGCCACAGACGCCAGAGACCACAGACGCCACAGACACCAGAGACCACAGACGCCACAGACGCCAGAGACCACAGACGCCACAGACACCAGAGACCACAGACGCCACAGACGCCAGAGACCACAGACGCCACAGACGCCAGAGACCACAGACGCCACAGACGCCAGAGACCACAGACGCCACAGACGCCAGAGACCACAGACGCCACAGACGCCAGAGACCACAGACGCCACAGACGCCAGAGACCACAGACGCCACAGACGCCAGAGACCACAGACGCCACAGACGCCAGAGACCACAGACGCCACAGACGCCAGAGACCACAGACGCCACAGACGCCAGAGACCACAGACGCCACAGACACCAGAGACCACAGACGCCACAGACGCCAGAGACCACAGACGCCACAGACACCAGAGACCACAGACGCCACAGACACCAGAGACCACAGACGCCACAGACGCCAGAGACCACAGACGCCACAGACGCCAGAGACCACAGACGCCACAGACGCCAGAGACCACAGACGCCACAGACACCAGAGACCACAGACGCCACAGACACCAGAGACCACAGACGCCACAGACGCCAGAGACCACAGACGCCACAGACGCCAGAGACCACAGACGCCACAGACGCCAGAGACCACAGACGCCAAGACGCCAGAGACCACAGACGCCACAGACGCCAGAGACCACAGACGCCACAGACGCCAGAGACCACAGACGCCACAGACGCCAGAGACCACAGACGCCACAGACACCAGAGACCACAGACGCCACAGACGCCAGAGACCACAGACGCCACAGACGCCAGAGACCACAGACGCCACAGACGCCAGAGACCACAGACGCCACAGACGCCAGAGACCACAGACGCCACAGACGCCAGAGACCACAGACGCCACAGACGCCAGAGACCACAGACGCCACAGACGCCAGAGACCACAGACGCCACAGACGCCAGAGACCACAGACGCCACAGACGCCAGAGACCACAGACGCCACAGACACCAGAGACCACAGACGCCACAGACGCCAGAGACCACAGACGCCACAGACACCAGAGACCACAGACGCCACAGACGCCAGAGACCACAGACGCCACAGACACCAGAGACCACAGACGCCACAGACACCAGAGACCACAGACGCCACAGACGCCAGAGACCACAGACGCCACAGACGCCAGAGACCACAGACGCCACAGACACCAGAGACCACAGACGCCACAGACGCCAGAGACCACAGACGCCACAGACACCAGAGACCACAGACGCCACAGACGCCAGAGACCACAGACGCCACAGACACCAGAGACCACAGACGCCACAGACACCAGAGACCACAGACGCCACAGACGCCAGAGACACAGACGCCACAGACCCAGAGACCACACGCCACAGACGCCAGAGACCACAGACGCCACAGACGCCAGAGACCACAGACGCCACAGACGCCAGAGACCACAGACGCCACAGACGCCAGAGACCACAGACGCCACAGACGCCAGAGACCACAGACGCCACAGACGCCAGAGACCACAGACGCCACAGACGCCAGAGACCACAGACGCCACAGACGCCAGAGACCACAGACGCCACAGACACCAGAGACCACAGACGCCACAGACGCCAGAGACCACAGACGCCACAGACGCCAGAGACCACAGACGCCACAGACGCCAGAGACCACAGACGCCACAGACGCCAGAGACCACAGACGCCACAGACGCCAGAGACACAGACCACGCCACAGACGCCAGAGACCACAGACGCCACAGACGCCAGAGACCACGAGCCACCCAGAGACCACAGACGCCACAGACGCCAGAGACCACAGACAGAGCCACAGACGCACAGAGAGACCACAGACGCCACAGACACCAGAGACCACAGACGCCACAGACCCAGAGACCACAGACGCCACAGACGCCAGAGACCACAGACGCCACAGACGCCAGAGACCACAGACGCCACAGACACCAGAGCCAGACCACAGCCCAGACGCCACAGACGCCAGAGACCACAGACGCCACAGACGCCAGAGACCACAGACGCCACAGACGCCAGAGACCACAGACGCCACAGACGCCAGAGACCACAGACGCCACAGACGCCAGAGACCACAGACGCCACAGACGCCAGAGACCACAGACGCCACAGACGCCAGAGACCACAGACGCCACAGACGCCAGAGACCACAGACGCCACAGACACCAGAGACCACAGACGCCACAGACGCCAGAGACCACAGACGCCACAGACGCCAGAGACCACAGACGCCACAGACGCCAGAGACCACAGACGCCACAGACGCCAGAGACCACAGACGCCACAGACGCCAGAGACCACAGACGCCACAGACGCCAGAGACCACAGACGCCACAGACGCCAGAGACCACAGACGCCACAGACGCCAGAGACCACAGACGCCACAGACGCCAGAGACCACAGACGCCACAGACGCCAGAGACCACAGACGCCACAGACGCCAGAGACCACAGACGCCACAGACGCCAGAGACCACAGACGCCACAGACGCCAGAGACCACAGACGCCACAGACGCCAGAGACCACAGACGCCACAGACGCCAGAGCACAGACGCCACAGAGACCACAGCCACAGACGCCAGAGACCACAGACGCCACAGACGCCAGAGACCACAGACGCCACAGACGCCAGAGACCACAGACGCCACAGACGCCAGAGACCACAGACGCCACAGACGCCAGAGACCACAGACGCCACAGACGCCAGAGACCACAGACGCCACAGACGCCAGAGACCACAGACGCCACAGACGCCAGAGACCACAGACGCCACAGACGCCAGAGACCACAGACGCCACAGACGCCAGAGACCACAGACGCCACAGACGCCAGAGACCACAGACGCCACAGACACCAGAGACCACAGACGCCACAGACGCCAGAGACCCAGACGCCACAGACACCAGAGACCACAGACGCCACAGACGCCAGAGACCACAGACGCCACAGACACCAGAGACCACAGACGCCACAGACGCCAGAGACCACAGACGCCACAGACGCCAGAGACCACAGACGCCACAGACGCCAGAGACCACAGACGCCACAGACGCCAGAGACCACAGACGCCACAGACGCCAGAGACCACAGACGCCACAGACGCCAGAGACCACAGACGCCACAGACGCCAGAGACCACAGACGCCACAGACGCCAGAGACCACAGACGCCACAGACGCCAGAGACCACAGACGCCACAGACGCCAGAGACCACAGACGCCACAGACCACAGACGCCACAGACGCCAGAGACCACAGACGCCACAGACACCAGAGACCACAGACGCCACAGACGCCAGAGACCACAGACGCCACAGACGCCAGAGACCACAGACGCCACAGACGCCAGAGACCACAGACGCCACAGACGCCAGAGACCACAGACGCCACAGACGCCAGAGACCACAGACAAGCCAAGAGUGUCCCAGCAAAGAACUAUGGAUGGUUAGCUUCGCAGCAUAACAGGCCUAGGGUGAGAAGGGUCAUUAUCCUGUUGUUAUUUUUUGUAGGGUGGGGAAGGAAGAGCAGCGGAGACGAGCAGAAUGACCCACUGGACACAUGCUGGGGGCUGGAGGGAGCGGCCGAGGUCUGGGCUGAGGACCACGAGGGCGGGGCCGGGUUUCCACCGGGAUCGAUCCAAAAUGUUUUAGUCAUUCUGAUGUACACCACAGUCUGCAUCGCUUUUUAA